GGGGCGGGGCGGGAGCUCACAGUGUCCCGGAGCUCACGGUGUCCCGGAGCCCCGAGCGCCGCCGCCCCGCCACAGCGCCCUGACCGCUCCGCGCAGACUUGGCAAAAAUGUCCAGCCCUACUGAGACAGAGCGGUGCAUCGAGUCUCUGAUCGCUGUUUUCCAGAAGCAUGCUGGAAAGGACGGUAACAGCAGCAAGCUCUCCAAGACGGAGUUCCUGACCUUCAUGAACAGAGAGCUGGCCGCCUUCACAAAGAACCAGAAGGACCCUGGUGUCCUUGACCGCAUGAUGAAGAAACUGGACACCAACUCUGAUGGGCAGCUAGAUUUCCAAGAAUUUCUCAAUCUUAUUGGCGGCUUGGCCAUCGCUUGCCAUGAGUCGUUUUUAAAGUCUUCCCAUUUCCAGAAGUAAAUCUGAGGGGGGGCCCUUGAGCCUGGCCUCCAGACCACCCCCUUUCCUUCAAAACAGCCUCCCCAUCAUCGUCUCCUCAUCACAUCCUACAUGUACCAUGAGACCAGAGCAUCUACUACCCCAUUCAGGCCAGUCCUGUUGGUAGCAAAUAAAGCAAUGGCGUUUUCUAAAACCUA